AUGAGCACUGCAGGUAACGUAGAAGACCUCAUGAAUGGUGAUCUCCCUUCGUCUGUCCCAAUAUCUGCCCAGCCGUUAUUGAGGCCGCUAUGCGAAAAGACACGUCUCCCAUGUAAAUCCUCUUGGUUGGUUGCUGGCUUGGGUGGAAUAAUUGGACGUGGUGAUCUUUCUCGGCCCGAAUCAGUGUCACGUUCAAAAGGCUUAGGGAAGCCCGAUCUUAGAUCUGGACUGAAUAUGUCAGAGUCCUCCUCUGUAUGCCAUCUACGAGGGUUUUGGUUACCAGAAAGACGGCUUGAAUCAUAA